AUCGCAUUAACUUCCAUUAAGAUAGUAGAGUGAGCAGAAACAAAAAUAUUAUAAUUGCUGCCUCUUCUCACUUAACAGUUCUGCUCCUUGUUCUUACUUCACUCUGAAAUUCCAAUCAAUCCUUCUCAUAAACAAACAAAAUCUGCUCUUCAAAGGUUAAGGAGCAGGUAGUGAAGUUUAAUGAUGUCUGGUUUAAAAGAGGACCAACUUCUUGGAAUUAACGAUAUAAUAGAAGUGAGUGAAGACAACAAAUUGAGAGAGGAGGGUGGGCUAAGUGACAGAGAGAUGGCUCAUCCUACUGCUAAUUCAAUCCACAGGUCUGGUUCUAGACCCCAAUUAGACCUUAGCAAAGCUGCAAUUCAAGGCAAUUCUGAAGACAGGGAUCCUACUAUUCUUUUGCCUAAUCAAUCUGAUGAUAUUUCUCACUUGGCUCUUGAUAUUGGAGGAUCUCUAAUCAAGUUGGUGUAUUUUUCAAGACAUGAAGAUCGAUCCAUUCAUGAUAAGGACAAGAAGACAAUCAAGGAUAGACUGGGGAUUCCUAAUUUUAAUAGGAGAAGUUACCCUGUUCUUGGUGGGAGGCUUCAUUUUGUAAAGUUUGAAACUUGCAAGAUUAAUGAAUGCUUGGAUUUUAUUUCAUCAAAACAGCUUCACCGUGGUGGGAUCGAUUCGCGUGGUUGGCUGUCUGAAUCUCCGCCAAAUGGAAAUGCUGUAAUUAAGGCUACAGGUGGUGGCGCAUACAAGUAUGCGGACCUUUUCAAAGAAAGGCUAGGGGUUAGUCUUGACAAAGAGGAUGAGAUGGACUGCCUUGUUGCAGGAGCAAAUUUUUUGCUUAAGGCUAUUCGCCAUGAAGCUUUUACACACAUGGAAGGUCAGAAAGAAUUUUUUCAGAUUGACCAGAAUGAUUUGUUUCCUUAUCUCCUCGUUAACGUUGGAUCUGGUGUUAGUAUGAUCAAGGUUGACGGGGAUGGGAAGUUUGAGCGGGUUAGUGGGACAAAUGUUGGUGGUGGUACUUACUGGGGAUUGGGAAGGCUGUUAACCAAAUGCAAGAGUUUUGAUGAGUUGCUAGAGCUUAGUCAAAGAGGAGAUAAUAGGACGAUCGACAUGCUUGUUGGUGAUAUUUAUGGUGGUCUGGAUUACAAUAAGAUUGGUCUUUCGGCAUCGACCAUUGCUUCUAGUUUUGGCAAGACUAUAUCUGAAAACAAGGAACUUGAAGACUGUAAACCAGAAGAUAUUUCAUUGUCCCUCUUGCGAAUGAUUUCAUACAACAUCGGGCAGAUUUCCUACUUGAAUGCACUUAGAUUUGGGCUUAAACGAAUAUUUUUUGGAGGGUUUUUCAUAAGAGGCCAUGCUUAUACCAUGGACACAAUCUCCUUUGCUGUUCAUUUCUGGUCAAAAGGAGAGGCGCAAGCAAUGUUUCUGCGGCAUGAAGGCUUUUUGGGUGCCUUAGGAGCAUUUAUGAGUUAUGAAAAGCAUGGUCUGGAUGAUUUGAUGGUGCACCAGUUGGUCGAAAGGUUUCCAAUGGGUGCUCCAUAUACUGGUGGAAAGAUUCAUGGGCCUCCACUUGGAGACUUAAAUGAAAAGAUUUCGUGGAUGCAAAAGUUUGUGCUGAAGGGAACUGAGAUUACAGCACCUGUACCUAUGGCUCCACCUGGAACCACUGGACUUGGUGGCUUUGAGGUUCCCUCAUCCAAAGGUGGUACACUCCGUUCUGAUGCGAGUGCACUAAAUGUUGGUGUUCUCCAUCUUGUACCAACAUUAGAGGUGUUUCCUCUGUUGUCAGACCCAAAAGCGUAUGAACCAAACACUAUUGACCUCGCAGAUCAUAAUGAAUUAGAGUAUUGGUUCAAGGUGUUGUCUGACCAUCUGCCGGAUCUUGUUGAUAAGGCGGUGGCUAGUGAAGGCGGAACUGAUGAUGCCAAAAGAAGGGGUGAUGCUUUUGCUCGCGCAUUUUCUGCUCACCUGGCAAGGCUGAUGGAAGAACCUGCUGCAUAUGGGAAACUAGGUUUGGCCAAUCUCUUGGAACUGAGAGAAGAGUGUUUGAGAGAGUUCCAGUUUGUUGAUGCCUAUAGAAGCAUAAAACAGAGGGAAAAUGAGGCAUCACUAGCUGUCUUUGCUGACUUAUUGAUGGAGCUUGAUGGUAUGACAGAGGAGACAAGAUUGCUCACCUUAAUCGAGGGUGUUCUAGCUGCAAAUAUAUUUGACUGGGGUUCCCGUGCUUGUGUGGACCUGUACCACAAAGGAACAAUUAUUGAAAUUUAUAGAAUGAGUCGUAACAAAAUGCAAAGACCCUGGCGGGUGGACGAUUUUGACCUAUUCAAAGAGAGGAUGCUGGGUUCUGGACCUGAGAAGCCCAGACCACAUAAAAGAGCUUUACUCUUUGUGGACAACUCAGGUGCUGACAUUGUUCUAGGUAUGCUUCCCCUAGCACGGGAACUCCUCCGACGUGGAACUGAGGUUGUUCUGGUUGCAAAUUCACUUCCAGCACUGAAUGAUGUGACUGCUAUGGAGGUUCCUGAUAUUGUUGCGGAGGCUGCAAAGCACUGUGACAUUCUCCGCAGAGCUGCUGAAGCAGGAGGUCUACUCGUGGAUGCAAUGAUCACCACUUCAGAUAGUUUAAAAGAAAACUCAUCUUCCGUUCCCUUGAUGGUUGUCGAAAAUGGAUGUGGAAGUCCGUGCAUAGAUUUGAGACAGGUCAGCUCUGAGCUUGCUGCUGCAGCAAAGGAUGCUGAUUUGAUUAUCUUAGAAGGAAUGGGCAGAUCUCUCCAUACCAACUUCAAUGCUCGGUUUAAGUGCGACGCCCUGAAGUUAGCAAUGGUGAAAAAUCAGAGAUUGGCAGAAAAAUUGGUUAAAGGAAAUAUAUACGACUGCGUCUGCAGAUAUGAACCAGCUAGCUGAGAGCUCAUUGUCUCAUUUUUGCUUUGUAUUAGAAAAUCAACACACAACUGUUACACACAAAUAAAACGAAGUGCAACAAAUUUAGUUCAUCAGCAAUUACUUCGUUAUAAAGUUGUACAUCAUAGAACAUAGAAACUGUUGCCUCACUAUGAACUACUCAUCAAAUUACUCACGCUUGCUUUCUUACACAAAGCAAUUAACUUCUAAGGUAAACAAAGGCCUUCAUAAUGAA